AUGAAUCCUGACCUUGAAGGAGAUGAUAGAGCCUAUACUGAAAUUCCAGAUAUUCACCAUUUUAAUGAUGUUGUAGAUCAAUGCUUAGAUGAGUAUAAUCAAACUCACAAAACAAGAAUGAAUCUUGUCGUGUUUAGGUAUGUGUUGGAGCAUUUAUCAAGAAUAUCUCGGAUCCUAAAGCAGCCUGGUGGAAAUGCUUUGCUUGUUGGACUGGGAGGAAGUGGUCGGCAGUCUUUAACUCGUCUAGCUACUUCUAUGGCAAAAAUGCAGAUUUUCCAACCAGAAAUUUCUAAGAGCUAUGGUACAAAUGAGUGGAGAGAAGAUAUGAAGGCACUAUUGAAAAAUGUAGGCAUGAAAGGCCAGAAGACAGUCUUUCUAAUCACAGACACUCAGAUUAAAGAGGAGGCUUUUCUAGAAGAUAUCGACAGUGUGCUCAAUACUGGAGAAGUGCCUAACAUUUUUGCAGCAGAUGAAAAACAAGAAGUGAUGGAGGGUGUUCGCCCUGUUGCUCAGGCUGGCAAUAAACAUGAUGAACUCAGUCCCUUAGCCCUGUUUGCUUUUUUUGUGAAUCGCUGCAAAGAUAAUCUUCACAUCGUAGUAGCCUUUAGUCCAAUUGGAGAUGCCUUUCGAAAUCGUUUGAGACAGUUUCCAUCCCUCAUCAACUGCUGUACUAUUGACUGGUUUCAGCCAUGGCCUGAAGAUGCUCUUGAACUUGUAGCUGUGAAAUUCUUAGAAACACUGGAACUUACUGAGGUUGAACGACGAGAAAUAGUUCCAGUCUGCAAACACUUUCACACCUCUGUUAUGGAUCUUUCAGAGAGGUUCUUGCUUGAGUUAGGAAGACAUAACUAUGUUACUGCUACUUCUUAUCUUGAACUUAUUGGCUCAUUUCGACAGCUGUUGACUAAGAAGCGGCAAGCUGUCAUGGGAGCAAAACAACGAUAUGUAAAUGGGCUUGACAAAUUAGCUUUUGCUGAGUCUCAGGUUGGUGAAAUGCAAAUGGAGCUUGUUCAAUUACAGCCCAAGCUGGAGGAGGCUAAAAUUGAAAAUGCACGUAUGAUGCAGAUUAUUGAGAUAGAAUCUGCACAAGUAGAAGCAAAAAGAAAGUUCGUGAAACUAGAUGAAGAGAUAGCCAGUGGGAAGGCUGAAGAAGCACAGGCUCUGAAAAAUGAGUGUGAAAGUGACCUAGCCGAGGCCAUUCCAGCCUUGGAAGCAGCUCUGUCAGCAUUGGAUACACUUAAGGAAAGUCCUGGUGAUAUUACAAUUGUGAAAUCAAUGAAGAAUCCUCCAGCUGGUGUUAAACUAGUUAUGGCUGCUGUUUGUGUAAUGAAAGAUAUAAAGCCAGAAAAAAUUACAGACUCUUCAGGAACUGGAGGCAAGAUAUUCGAUUACUGGGGACCUAGCAAAAAACUUCUGGGAGAUAUGAAUUUCUUAAGAGAUUUGAGAGAGUAUGACAAGGACAACAUUCCAGUGACUGUUAUGCAGAAGAUUCGUAGUGAAUACUUGACGAACCCUGAAUUUGACCCCCCUAAGGUUGCCAAAGCUUCUUCAGCAGCUGAGGGUCUGUGUAAGUGGAUCAUGGCUAUGGAAGUAUAUGACAGAGUUGCAAAGGUUGUGGCUCCUAAGAAAGCUCGAUUAACAGAAGCUCAGAAGUCCUUAGCUGAGACAAUGGAGCUUUUGAAUCAGAAGAGAGCAGAACUGGCAGAAGUAGAACAUCAUCUGGAAAAUUUACAAAAGACAUUUCGUGAGAAAACAGAGGAAAAGGCUGCUUUAGAAGACCAGGUGGAACUCUGUGCUAAGAAACUUGAAAGAGCCUCACAAUUAAUUGGAGGACUGGGUGGAGAAAAAUCAAGAUGGGCUCAAGCUGCAGAUGACCUUCAAAUAACAUAUGAAAAUUUAACUGGUGAUGUCUUAGUGUCAGCAGGAGUAAUAGCCUACCUUGGUGCUUUCACAUCUGGCUUUCGACAAACAUGUACAAAAGAUUGGAGCAUGUUGUGCAAGGAGAAAAAAAUUCCAUGUUCAGAGGAGUUCCUGUUGAGUAGGACGCUGGGCGAUCCAGUAAAAAUCAGAGCUUGGAAUAUCGCUGGGUUACCAACAGACACAUUCUCUGUAGAUAAUGGAGUAAUUGUUAAUAACUCUAGGAGAUGGCCUUUAAUGAUUGAUCCCCAGGGUCAAGCCAAUAAGUGGAUCAAAAACUCUGAGAAAGAAAAUCAGCUUAGUGUAAUUAAGCUAUCAGAUUCAGACUAUAUGAGAACAUUGGAAAACUGUAUUCAGUUUGGAAUUCCACUUCUACUAGAAAAUGUUGGCGAAGAACUGGAUCCAUCUUUGGAACCUUUACUACUUAGACAAACUUUUAAACAAGGUGGCAUUGAUUGCAUCAGACUUGGUGAGGUUAUUAUUGAAUAUUCUUUUGAUUUCAAAUUUUAUAUCACCACAAAGCUAAGAAAUCCACACUAUAUGCCAGAGCUGGCUACAAAACUGUCUUUGCUCAAUUUUAUGAUAACUCCAGGACUUGAAGAUCAGUUACUAGGUAUUGUUGUUGCAAAGAGAGGUACACCAGAAUUAGAAGAGGAACGGAAUGCUCUUAUUCUUCAGUCUGCAGCUAAUAAGAAACAGCUAAAAGAAAUAGAGACAAAAAUUUUAGAAACAUUAUCAUCUUCAGAAGGGAAUAUUUUAGAAGAUGAAAGUGCAAUUAAAGUGUUAGACUCUGCCAAAAUAAUGUCCAAUGAGAUAACAAAGAAACAGCAGAUUGCAGAAAAAACAGAACUUAAAAUAGCAGAGUCUCGAGAAGGCUAUAGACCCAUUGCUAAGCAUUCAUCAGUAUUGUUCUUUAGCAUUGCAGACCUGGCUAACAUUGAUCCCAUGUACCAGUACUCUCUCAUCUGGUUUGUGAACCUUUAUAUCAACUCUAUUCAUGACAGUAAUAAAUCCAAAAUUUUGGAAAAGCUACGAUAUUUAAAUGAUCACUUCACAUACAACUUAUACUGUAACAUAUGCCGAUCACUAUUUGAGAAGGACAAGCUAUUAUUUCCUUUUUACUAUGUGCUAAUCUUUCUUCUAGUCUACAUUUUAGGGAAAAAGCAAGACGAUUCUAAAAUUGAAGAUGACUACAAAACUUAUCAAGUGGUUCAGAGCCAUUGUGAACCUAAAGAAGGUAGCCAUGUGGAGCCUUCAAGCAGAUUCCAGUUACAAUUGUGA